GAUUUUGUGUUAAUAAGCCAUUUGAAACAUGCAUUCCACUAUUUAUAUUGUAUUACUUAUCUUUGGAUAUUAUAGUCACGUCCAAGCCACACUCUCAGGCGCUGCGUUCAUGGGAUAUGGAUAUGAAAUGCCAGACUAUCAAAUGGGUAUCCAGACACGAAAUACUUUCUACGCGAUAAACGAACCAUUUUGUGAAUUUUCAAGUACCUACUCUGAAAAACGGCCAUACCAACAUGUCACAUCUAAUACCUGUAAUAUGAAUAUUGUAUCUCCUUUAUGUGGGUGUAAAUAUCCGCUCAGCGGGACCGGAUUUCCGUCUUUAACCUUCAACGGAGAUGAAGCUACAAAUGUACCGGGUUGUUGUGGUAAAUAUUUGAGACAAGUUACGCUGCAGCCUCCGUAUCUCUAGUGAAUUAAACGUCUAUGUGCAAUAAAGUUUCUACUAUUUCUA